GCCGCCAUGGAGUUGGGGUCUCUAGAAGGCGGGUACCUGGAGCUUCUCAACAGCAGUGCCGAUCCCUUGCAGCUCUACCACCUCUAUGACCAGACGGACCUGGCUAGAGAAGAGAUUGAGCUCUGCUCAGAACCCGACAUGGACACCAUCAACUGCGAACAGUUCAGCAAACUGUUGUGUGACAUGGAAGGUGAUGAAGAGACCAGGGAGGCUUAUGCCAAUAUCGCGGAACUGGACCAGUACGUGUUUCAGGACUCCCAACUGGAUGGUCUGGGCAAAGACAUUUUCAUCGAGCACAUAGGAUUGGAAGAAAUGAUCAGCGAGAGUGUCGAGGUGCUGGAGGAAGCAGGGCAGAAAAGUCAGAAAAGACCCUUCCCAGAGGAGCUGCCCGUGGACUUGAAGCACAGGAAGCUGGCUGAGCCCCUCACUGUGCCCAUGGUGACUGGCACGUUCAUGGUCGGGUCAGUGAGUGACUCCGCAGCUCUGCCCUACCUGUCACCACCUGCUGUGUUCAACAAGGAGCCAGCAUCCAGCCAGAUCUGGCUGGAGGAGACCGUCCUGAUGCCUGUGCCCCCUUCCAGUUCCUUGCUGAGCUGCCCGAGUCUUCCUGCUGGACGCAUCCAGAUCAUCCCUGGCCUCCCCUCUCUGCCCCAGGGGCUCUGGCAAAUCUCAGGGGCUGGGACGGGGGUGUCUGGUAUGGUCAUUUAUCAAGGCGAGAUGCCCCAGGCCAGCCAAGUGCUUCCUUCCAGUGGCCCAGCUGUGCAGAGCCUCCCCAAGUUCCCAGAUCGGCCCGGCUCCACCAGCCCCUUUGCCCCGUCUGCAGCUGACCUUCCUGGAAUGCCAGAACCAGCCUUGACCUCCCGUGCAAAUACGACAGAGGACCAGAUGUCCCCUACCCAAAGCCGGGCAGCUCACGAGGUCUCCAGCAAGCCUCUGAAAUGGCCUGAGAGUGUGGAGCAGUUCUGCGGCUCCCUACGGGACAAGUACCAGGCUGAGCUCGCCGGCCCGGAAGGCAUCCUGGUGGAGGUGGAGCUGGUGAAAGCACGGCUGGAGAGGAGCAGUGGCAAAAACCAGGAGAGGGAGCUGGCCACCCCGGACUGGGCAGAGAGGCAGUUGGCCCGCGGGGGUCUGGCCGAGGUGCUGGGGGCUGCCGGGGACUGCCGGCGGCCGCGGGAGACACAGGUGAUCGCCGUGCUGGGCAAAGCAGGACAGGGGAAGAGCCGUUGGGCCCGGGAAGUGAGCCGGGCCUGGGCCUGCGGCCAGUUGCCCCAGUAUGACUUCGUCUUCUACUUCCCCUGCCACUGUUUGGACCGCGCCAAAGGGGACACUUACCGCCUGCAGGAUCUGCUCUUCUGCCUGGGCCCCCAGCCACGGCCUGUGGACGAGGAGGUCUUCAGACACAUCUUGAGGCGGCCCGACCGGGUUCUGCUCAUCCUGGACGCCUUCGAGGGGCUUGAAGCCCAAGACGGCCUCUUGCACAGCGCGGGUGGACCCGUGUCCACAGAGCCCCACUCCCUCCGCGGGCUGCUGGCCGGACUCUUCCAGCGGAAGCUGCUUCGAGGCUGCACCCUGCUGCUCACGGCCCGGCCCUGGGGCCGCCUGGCCCAGAGCCUGAGCAAGGCCGACGUCCUGUUCGAGGUGGCCGGCUUCUCAGCCGAGCAGGCCAAGACCUACGUGACGCGCUACUUGGAGCGCACUGGGGCGACUGCGUGCCAGGAGCGAGCCCUGGCCCUCCUCCGGGGCCAGCCGUUCCUGCUCAGCCUCAGCCACAGCCCCACCGUGUGCCGGGCCGUGUGCCGGCUCUCCGAGGCCCUCCUACAGCUGGGUGACAAGGCUGAGCUGCCCUCCACGCUCACGGGACUCUACGUGGGCCUGCUGGGCCCCGCAGCCCGCGACAGCCCCCCGGAGGCCCUGGCAGGACUGGCCAGGCUGGCCUGGGAGCUGGGCCGCAGACACCGGGGCACCCUGCAGGACAGCCAGUUCCCAUCGGCCGCCGUGAGGGCCUGGGCCGUGGCCAAAGGCCUGGUGCAGCCCGUCCCGGGCGCCCCAGACGUGGAGCUGGCCUUCUCCAGCUUCCUCCUGCAGUGCUUCCUGGGGGCCGUGUGGCUGGCCCUGAGCACUGAAAUCAAGGACAAGGAGCUGCCGCAGUACUUGGCGUUGACCCCGAGGAAGAAGAGGCCCUAUGACAACUGGCUGGAGGGUGUGCCGCGCUUCCUGGCUGGCCUGCUUUUCCAGCCUCACGCCGACUGCCUCGGAGCCCUGGCAGGGCCAGCUGCGGCCGCCGUGGGGGCCAGGAAGCAGAAGGUGCUCAGCAGGUACCUGAAGGGCCUGCAGCCAGGGACGCUCCGGGCCGGGCGGCUGCUGGAACUGCUGCACUGUGCGCAUGAGGCCGCGGACGCCGCGAUCUGGCAGCACGUGGUGCAGGGGCUUCCAGCCCGCCUCUCCUUCCUGGGCACCCGGCUCACACCACCCAACACCUACGUGCUGUGCAGUGCCUUGGCGGCGGCCGGCCAAGACUUCUCCCUGGACCUCCGCAGCACUGGCAUUGACCCCGCUGGGCUGGGGAGCCUCGUGGGACUCAGCUGCGUCACCCAUUUCAGGGCUUCGCUGAGUGACAUGGUGGGGCUGUGGGAGUCUCUACAGCAGCGUGGGGAGACCAAGCUGCUCCGGGCAGUGGAGGAGAAGUUCACCAUCGAGCCUUUCAAGGCCAAGUCCCCGAAGGAUGUGGAAGACCUCGGCAACCUCGUGCAGAUCCAGAGGACAAGGAAUUCCUCAGAAGACACAGCUGGAGAGCUCCCUGCUGUCCGGGAUCUAAAGAAGCUGGAGUUUGCGCUGGGCUCUGUCUUAGGCCCCCAGGCUUUUCCCAAACUGGUGAGGAUCCUCGAGGCCUUUUCCUCCCUUCAGCAUCUGGACCUGGACUCGCUGAGUGAGAACAAGAUCGGGGAUGAGGGUGUCGAGCAGUUGUCAGCCACCUUCCCUCGGCUGAGGGCCCUGGAGACUCUCAACUUGUCCCAGAACAGCAUCACCGACGUGGGCGCCUGCAAGCUCGCCGAGGCCCUGCCCUCCCUGGCUGCGUCCCUCCUCAGACUGAGCCUGUACAAUAACAGCAUCUGUGACAUGGGAGCUGAGAGCCUGGCACACGUGCUUCCAGACAUGGUGUCCCUCCGGGUGUUGGAUGUCCAGUAUAACAAGUUCACGGCUGCUGGGGCCCAGCAGCUAGCUGCCAGCCUGAGAAAGUGCCCUCAUGUGGAGACACUGGCGAUGUGGAUGCCCACCAUCCCGUUUGGUGUCCAUGAACACCUGCAGCAGCUAGACUCACGGAUCAGCCUGAGAUGAGCUCCGUGAUGCCUGGGAUGAGCCUGUGAUGUCCCCCUCCUCCAAUUCCUCCUCAUCCCCAGUCUGGACAGCGCUCUGUCCAUUUGUCCAGCUGCCCCCUCCUGAAGCUCUCUGACCCCGCCUUCUCCUGACCUCUCACAGCAUGUUCUCUGAGGACGCUGACCACGCUGGACCUUGAACUGGUUAUCUGUGGACACAGUUGUUCUUGGGCCCAUGAGCCAAGCAGCCUGGCGCCCAGCCCUGCCGGCUCAGGGUCGGCCCCCACCCAGCCGCGGGAAGGACCUGCUCUGCGGACGGACCUGGGCCCGGCUCCAGACCCCCUGCGGGGCCCAGGUCGAUGGCACCCCCGGCAGAUGGGCUGGGUGCCCGGUGGCCGCUGCAGUCCACCCAGGAGCAC